AGCCCCCGCCUCGUGCCGUAGCGACUCCAGUUCUGUCGGCGCGCCAGCUGCACAAGACGCGCGGCAUCUCGUGUCCGAUAUGAAAACCUGUCAGUUAACGUCAGUUGUCAUGUCGGUUCUGUUCAAGGCGACCCCUUUGUUAGUGAAGACCCGGACACUAUUGUUACUUUAAACUGCGGUAUCCGAGCACCGCCACUGCCUUCGGGGAGAGCCUGCCGGGCGGCUGGUGGUUCUUUGUAACUCCCUCAGAGUGAACGACUGUGUGUGUUGCUGGUUUCUUCACUCCAGCUACUGACUCCCAUGGCUGAUUCUGGAUCUUUCAAGCAGGAAUAGGACAGGCCCAGGCAGAGAGACAUGAGUUGGGCUGAGGAGGACUGGACGGUAGGGCUGUCUGGACGGGUCCUGCAAAAGGUGAAGGAGCUGCAGCUCCAUCACGAGCGACUGUCAAGAGAGAACAAGCAGAAACAGCUGCAGCUGGACAACAUCCAUACUAGCCUCGAAAAACAGACUGUGAAGUAUGAGGAGGUGCGUGGGGAGCUCCAGUCUGUGCAGAGAGAGCUUCAGAGUGUUCGCGAGGAGGCCAAGGCGGCAGUGAUCAGCAGGGAGCGCCUGACCCAGGAGCUUCAGAUCAAGCAGGCCCAAGUAUGCUCUUUGGAGGGCCAGCUAGAUGCUGCUCGCACCCUCAACAACAAAAUGACCCAGGAAGUCAAAAGGCUGGAGGCAGAGCUGGAGAAGCUGCAGAACAGCAGCAGGUCAGCAGAUACCACUCUGUUUUCUACUCCCUGCUGGAAUACAUCCUCGCCCUGGGAACAAAAUGGAAGCAGAAAGGAGGAGAGGCCGGGGCAGCGAGAUGAAGGACAGAGCCGGGCACUUCAGAUUCGACAGCGGCUCCAGUUCUCAGACGUGCCCACAGCUUCAUUGCCACGACAACAUCACAAGAGCACACCCCACCGUCACACGUCUGACCAAUCGGAGUCCUUCUCCACUCCCUCGGCUGCGUUUCCAUGGGAACGAGAUGACCCGAGGCCAGCAGCCAGGAGACAAUCCCCGUCCUCUCCCCAGACGCCAUGCACUGAUGUCAUCAGUCAAGGCCAGUCGGAGCUGGGGUUCUGUGGGAAGAAGGAACUCAGGAAAGAGACAGACAUAUCUUUAUCAGAAAUGCGCAGUCGUGUGUCUUGUCUGGAAGAGGAGCUGUCUGUGAAGGCCGGGACGCUGAAGUCAAUUCAGAAUGAAAUGGUGCAAAACAAGAAGGAGCUUGCCGACAGGGAGCUCUGCCUGCAGAGAGCUCGCGACGAGCUCAGCCUGGCGCGCACACGCAUGACCCAAGAGAGCGAACGGGUAUCAGGAGCUGAGCAAAGGCUGAAGCAGUUACAAGAGGAGCUGAAGUGUCAGAGGCAAAACGCCGAGAGCAGCCGACUGCAACACCAACAGCGCACUAAGGAGCUGGAGAAACAACAUCAGAGGGAUUUGACGGAGCUUCAGAAGGAGAGGCAGUGUCUGGAAAAGCAGCAUCAGCAGGAGAUGAUGAAGCUCAACCAGGAGCUCCAGCAGGCCAGGACGCUUCACAAUGCCCUGCAGGCACAGGCAGACAAGCUGUCUCUACAGAAACAAGCAUUGGACAAAGAGUUGGAUUCGCUGAAAGAGAAACUGAAGUGGAUGGAGGGACAGCUGCAGGAGAGCCAGAAGAAAGAAACACAGACACAAGCCAGACUGACGGAAGCAGUGCGUGAGGCGGAGGGUGUGGCAGUGAGUCUGGAGCAGAGCAGGAAGAGAGAGCGAGGUCUAGAGGAAGAGGGGAGGAGACUGGCAGAGGAGCGAGCCGAAGCCCUGCAUCUCCUCAAGGAACUGCAGGAGCAAAAAGCUGCCCUAGCACUACCUCUACAACCUGUACAGUUUUGCCCUGUUGGACAGAGUUUCUCCCCUCAGCCUUCGUACGCUCUUCAUUCUCGACCCUCAGCUCACACUAAGAGGCCCACUACUGUCAUCCGAGCCGAGCAAACGAAGGAAGAGGAAGAGGGCAUGGAUGACAGGAGGGCAGAGAUUACAGCAUCUUACCCUUCUGACAGAGAACCAGGAGAAGGCAUCGACUCUGAACACAUCACUGUCCUUAUCUCCACAGAGAGUUUACAAAGGGGAGGGGACAGAAGAAAAAGUAACGAGGAGGAUAACAAGAAUAGAAAUGAGGCUAUAGAGUGGACAAACAAGCACUCCACAUUUAAUCAUGUACUCUCUAGUUCCUCUCACUCUGCUGCUGGUAUGCCCACCAACACCUCUGUGGGUGCUGAUCAUUGCAGUUUGACGCUUUCUGCUGAAAAGACACCUUUUCUCAAGUCCGAGCAGGCCAAGGCCUCUGAAGACCUGCAGAGGGAGAAUGCCAUGCUGCGUUCAGAGAUACAUGAUGUGCGUGAAGAACUCCAGAAACGACUGGAGGACCUGGAAGCCCAACGACGGGCCGAGGCAGAAGCCAGGACCCGGCUCAAACAGCUCAGCCGCAAACAUGCCAGCCAGGCUGUGGAGAAGGAGGAGAAUGACAAGGAAUGGAAGACACAGCUGGAGAGUGAGAGGGCUGAGACAGAGAGGUUGAGGAAGGCUAUGGCUGCUUUGCAAACAGAGAUGAAGAGUGGAAGGGAGGAAAGAGAAAAGAAGGAGAGAGAGGAGCAGGAGGAGGCGAAAAACAAAGUGCUAGAAGACAGAGAGAGUGAAAUGAUAGAGCUCAACAUCCAGCUGAAGAAGCAGCUAGUAGAGGUGAAAGCACAGUUGGCCGUAGAACAAGAAGAGAGAAAGAGGGAGGAGGAGAGGAACCAAAUAUUAAACACAGACAUAGUUGUAAAGAAGGAGCUGAGCACUAAAUUGGCAGAACUUAAAGCUGAAUUGCAAGAACUAAAGCGCAGCAAAAAAGAAGACUCACUGGAAGAGGAGAAACUUUCAGUUGCCAACAGCCCGCUAACGUACCUCACUCUCCAUGAUGAUGAGCUGAACUCCAACAUUGUUUGCUGUGACAACAAACUACUCCCUUCUCCAGAGCAACACCUCCUCUUCUGCCAGUCCACCAACAAACUCAACAUGCUUGUAUCUCAGGCAACAGCAGAUCUCAUUCAAGAAGAACAAACAAUGAUAGAUUCUGAAUGCUCACCUCUAUCAGAUGAUGGGCAAACAGAUCGAGUGGCCUCUGACCUGGAAGACACCAGCCAAAACUAUCUGGGAGGGUCUUCCAUGUCAGAUCAGAGAGAGGCACUUUCUGACCUCCAGAAAUGUGAGUCUGCCCCCUAUAAUUUAGCAAAAGAUGUGGAGCAACUACAGAAGGAGAAUGCAAAGGAGACAGAACGUGCUAACCAGUACCAGAUUAAACUAGAGGUUCUGCAGAGCCAGGUGACACGUCAGACCCAGCAUCUAACCAUGGCCUUUGAGAAGCAGAGUCAGCACAUCUCAGGACUUCUGGCUGAAUUACAGGAGAAGGAGAACACCCUCCUCAGCCAGGGAGAGGAACUGCAGCAAUGCAAGAAGGAGCUGGAUGCACUCAAGGCCAAAACAGCGGUCAAAGAGGUGGAGGAUGUAGAUCAAAGAGAAGUAAGGCAAAAUGAGAAGUUGGUUGAGACCACAGAGCUCCAACCGAAUGAGGAAAAGGAGUGUACUGUCACCUUUCACAUUACCAACUCACUGGCAGAUGGAGACUCUACUCCACAGAGAGAUGCAGAUCAACCAAAGACUGUGACGUCUGAUGCCCAAACACCAAGACCUGUUAGCAGUGAAGAAGAAAAUGAAGCACUAUUGUUAGGGGAACAGCGUCCAGGCUCUGUAGACUCAGACAAGACUGAGAGUAACCAUGACUCUGCUUGUGUGAUGGAAGAGAGCAAGGGUGGUCAAGAUGGAGGAGCAGCAGACAUGGUUGCAGAGCUGCUUGCUCUGCAACAGGAGAAUCAGCUGCUGAAACAAAGAAUAAAGGGCUUAACUGUCUCAAAAACCAGCAGCCUGGCAUUACAGACUGACAGUGAAAACCAAGAAGACCCAGUCCAGCAAAGCCAGAACACAGGAAAUGCUGUUCCGUCCUGCUUUACGGAGCAGAGACCCCUUCGUGUGCAGAAUGACAUCACUCCUGAGGGACAGGAGUCACUACUGCAGAAUGAGAGGAGGAGGGAAGAUGAAGGAGGAGAUUUAAAAAGGGAAGAUAAAAAGACAAGGGCUGAAGAAGAGCUGGAAGAAGCUUCUCAGCUUCAGAUCAACCACUUAGAGCAACAGGUGGAGGUGCUACAGAUGAAGGUACGGACUCUCUCUCUGAAGACCCAGCAGCAGGCCGAUGAGCUUGCUCUGUGGAGACUGACCUCAAAACCAGCUCCAACAUUUGACCAAGUCUUUCGUAACAAAGAUACCCAGGACCAGAGCUCUGAUGUCAGACAAUCCCAGUCAAACCAGCAGCAGACUGAUGAGAUGACCCACAUCCCGUCAGGGACCCAGAGCCAGGUUCUGACUCUGACUGCCCAGGCUCAGAUUCAGGUGCCCACACUGGGUAUUCUGGAGAGCCCUGGUAAUGCAACAGUCAUCAGAGAAGAUGAGUUAUUCCUCUCCUGCUCCUCCAACAAACUGCAGGGCCGCAUGCUGUUCUCCAGACUGCAGCACAGCAGCCAUCCUGAACCAGAGAGUUUCCAUCCCUCUAAAAAGUGGCCAGCACUUCAGGAAUACAAUCAGGACAAUGCUGAGAUUAACAAGGUAUCUGAAAAAGAAAACCAUGAGAUCAGCUUCUUACAAUGGUCAGACACCUGUCCAACACAACACAAUGACAAGAGAGACACUGAACUCGUCCAAAUGUCAUCAGAGAAAACAGGUCAACAACAUGUUACCAAAGAUCUCCAUAAAGUCUCAGGACCAAAUAAGACCAAGACAACAGAGUGUCACACAGGGAAUCCUGAAGCCAAACCAAAGGCUUCCAGAGCAACCGAUGAAAUAAACACAGCCCAUGAUUCAGACAGACCUGUCAGGACAGAAAUGAAAAGUGUCAGCAGUCAAACAGAUGAGAGAUUGUAUCCUUGCAGUGCUCCAACAGCAUCUGAACUCCACUGUGCUUACACACAGACUGAGGAGGGGGAGGAGGAGGAGGAAGUAGAUGAAGAAGAGUUACUAGAUUCCCCUCCUGUCUCCCCUGUGCCGUUAUUUGAGGGGGCAGAGUCAAGAGACAAAAUGUUGUUUUCAAGUUCCUUCCCUAUCCCAGCUGACCCAGCCCGCCUGGCUGAAAGAAUCCGCCGUAACAGGACGCAGCUGUCAGCCGCCUUUGACGACACAGAGUAUGAACCUUAUGGACUGCCGGAAGUCGUCAUGAAAGGUUUUGCCGACAUCCCAAGUGGUCCGUCGUGUCCCUACAUUGUGAGAAGAGGUUUGUUAGGGACGACUGUCGUACCCAUCCCUCAGAAAGACAUGGGACAGGAAGAGGAGACGGAUUAAAACACAACUAAUGGUAACUUCCAGAUGCUUCCAGGUCUGGUGGAAUUGAACUGAACUGAUAACCGUGGCCCGACAAUAAACCUCAAUGAUGGACGACAACAGGUCACCAGGGACACUCAAGUCACCAGCAACCUGCAGCACACCAGACCUUCCAACCAACACAGGACCAGUUUAAAAAUGUUGCAGUCACCAUGGACUUAUAUACACGUGUGCAGGUAACGGGUCCUGCACUGGCAGAAAAAACACCUCCACUGUGGAUCUAAAAUAUCUUAAUGGUCACUAGUUUAUCCUCUAAUUGCUGUGUGGAGACUUUGCUGUCCAUCACAAUGCAGUGACUUUACACCCACCUGUAUAUUUAGGUGCAGAGGUGGUGAUUCAGUAAUGUUUGUUGAUGUUUAUUGAAGGGAACAACCACUUUUCCACAGGUACAGUUUAGUUUUUAGUAACUCAGAAUUAACUUAUGGGUCCAGCCUCGGCCUAGUUUGAAUUUAAAAGUGCCUAGUUGACGCUUUUCUAAACAAGCACUUGUCAAGAUAAGUUUGACUUGUUUUUCCAGAAGGGUGAAGCCAAGAAAGGCCUGUUGUGAAAAUGUGAUAUAUAUAUAUUUUUUCUUUUUAAUUCUUGAAGUGGCUUAUUUAUGGACACUUGAAGUGUUUUAGUAGAGGAGAAGUGUUUACAAAAAUUGUGUCAAACCAUAGUGAAAGUGCGUGUGAGGUGUUAGCUGUGAAUAUGAACGUGUGUCCUCAUCUUGACGUUACUGUGUGUGUGGGUGUGUGGGGGAGAGAGAGGGCUGAGCACAUGUCUAUGACUCAGUCUAACUUGCAUUGGUUUCCGCUCCAUGUAUGGUGAUACACACUGCACUCCCUCUUUCCUCCCUCUGCUGCUUUGCUUCUGUCUUACACUAACGAGCACUCAUUAGUAACUCUAUGAUGAACUUACCAAAAACUAAACGUGUAUUUAUUGUAUUAGCAGAUGAAUUCAGCUGGUUACUUAUGUUUGAUCAGAUAUAAGUUAUUUGAUUGAUUGACCAUUUUGGGUAGAUUUUGUUUCUUGCACAUUUCUUACUGUGCCAUAGACAGUAGCCCGCAUGUAUAUACACUGUAGAUUUUGUAGAUGGGUUUGGAGUUGUGUACAGGAGUCAUGUACAGCCUGUAUUAUGCCCUAUACCAGAGGAUCAUUACCACUUUGCUUACUUACAAGGCAGGUUAUUGAAUGGAUAGGUUCACAUUGUUCUAGGUUCUAGUCUUAAAAAUCACAUGCCCAUAGAUACGUUGAAAGGGCUACUGGUCUUUGUGAUUGUUUUUCCUGUCUCCUGUCUGCAGAGAGAUCCCUCUCUAAAGCAGUUUCAGUAUAAGAGAUGGGGGGACAAAAUCUACAGCCCUUCUUCUGUAUAGAAAUACACUCUAAAGUUUUUAGUAGAAGCUAGUAUGAAAUGUCAGCAGUCUGAGUUAAGGCCUGGUCACACCAGAAAGGGGUACAGCGAAAAUGAAUCUGCACAUCUCUGAGAAAUAUUUGAUCUGGAAGUCUGGUGAUGUAGUGACAGUAUUGGCAAUGCUAGUUGAAAAUGGUUACUGCCAGUUAGCCACGACAGCUCCUGGAGAUUGUCUCUAUUUUUCUCUACUGUUUUAUUUCCUUCUUCCUGACAUUCUGUUCACCAUUGAACGCCGUUUUGUCCAAUAAGAUACUUGCUGAAGAGGGAAAAUGAAGCUCUCUGAGCUUAGCUCGGCCGGUGACGGGAAAUAACUGUCUCCAAACUGUUGAUCUUUUGUGGAGCAGUUUAUACUUUGAGGAAGGAGGUUAAACAAAAGUGAAUGAUGCAACACAGUUUAUAAGCUACAAUGGCUUCCUCCAGCUCUCUGUCCCCUCAUUGGUCAGCACUGUCCAGAUGGCUUGCUAUUGAUCAGUAGCAAGCCAUCUGGCGUGAAUUUGCAGGUCAAAGUAGAACUUGACACGCAAAAUUUGCACAGAUUUGUUUAGCCCUCAUGAGACAAUCCACUAAUCACAGCUAUUCCAAUGAAAUGAAGUGAAAUCACAGCAAACUUUUGCUGUUUUUAAAUGUUUGUGUGACCAGGCCUUUAGCCAAGUCAAGUGGGUAUCUUCCAAGCAGUACAACAUUUGCUCUUUAUGCUUCUCUGGGCAGUGUUUACUUGCUGAACUGUGGUGGAGAGAUAGUAACAAAAAGAGGGAACUUCAUAAUAUAAGGAGAGUCAGGAUACCUGCUUGAUUUGUCUAACUCAGACUGCUGAAGCCUUGCAUCAGCUUCAGAAGUAGGACUGGUGAGUUUGUCCGCCUUUAAUUACAUUGACAGUGCUUUAAGAAGGGUUCUCCUGCAGCCAGUAUGGACAGGGAAAAAUUUAUACAACAAUUUAUUCUGUUAAUAUACAUAUUAGCAUGUGGGUAUUGUUUUAAAACGUACUUGAAAAAAAAUGUGAACCUAUCCUUUUAAAACCUUCUCGUGCUGUCUUUCAGUGAUAUUUGAGAUUAUUUAGGAUGAAGAUUUGUAGACACGUUUGUGAUAAGUGUAGAGGGAUUUCUUUUUUUUUUUUUUUUUUCUUUUUUUUUAAUGUUUACAUUUUAUGUAGAGGGAGAGUUGUUCUUUCCUGGUCUUGGAUUGUUAACUCGGUUCAGAACAGAGUGGACUGUUCCUGCCGUGACUCGAUACCAUUGCCAUUCAUCGGCAAUGUUGACACCCUCUCUCGCACACGCGCGCACACACACACACAUAAAAAACACAAACAUACACACACUUCUCCUCCUUUUAGGCAGCCUUCAUAUCUCUGGGAUCUGUAGUUUUUUGGCAGUGAGGUGGGACAGUGAGACUGAGCAGGAAAGCUCACUAUUUAUCUUGUUGCAUUGUUUUGGACACCUUCAUGUGAAUGUAUCUGUGUUGUGUUUUUGGCUAGAAUAAAAGGCUUGCUCUUAAUUUAA